AUGGGGUGGCGCCGUUUGGCGGCGAUGGCGCUGGUGCUGUUAAUGGCAAGAUGCAUCAAAGGCCAGAACUUGUCGGAGAAAUGCUCAAAAUACAUGGCUGCCUGGGGCGAGAUCCACACGGGUGUUGAUGCCAUUGAAAGGGGCCGAAAAUUUGCCGGGAUGAUCGACACGAUUCUAAACACUGGAGAACCGAUCGGAAAUCUUGUUCUAAAAAGUGUGAAGACGACGCUUGAGCCCGACAGCCCGGAAGUGCAGGCGGGCAAGGAGUUGGCCGUGUGGAUGAAGGAGCGAAACCAAACACCAAAGAUGGUGCCGGAACUCAUGCAAGACUAUCACGUCCACAAGAGUAAAUACAUCCUCGACUUGACCAGUGAUACGGAGCUGAUCAAUAUGCUUCGUCAGGACUCGAAAAUAAUGUGGCCGCUGAUCAGCGCCGACCUCGACGAAUUUCACCCGGCCCCCAAGACGAAUCGAUUCGGGAAGAAGCUGCUGAAAGUCGCGUUGACUGGGGGACCAUGCGCAGGUAAAUCGACGGCUAUGGAAGAGCUCUGCGAGCGCAUCGAUGAAGAAUUCGGCAACGAGUGGCAGGUUUUCAAAGCAGCAGAAGCCUCGAGCCUGCUGUAUUCGGGCGGAGUGGCGCGUAGCCAACUGAAUGACAUCCAACUGGAGCAAUGGCAACUCGAUAUGCUGUCCAUGAUCAUUCGAAUUGAAGCCGUUUUCGAGAAAAUUGCGGAGAAUGAGGCAAUCCCGACCAAGCACACUCUGAUCCUGUGUGAUCGCGGAGCCCUGGAUCCAAAAGUUUUCACCCCGGAGCCGAUGUGGACAAAUAUACUCAAAAAACUGCAAACCGACGAAGAAACGCUGUAUUCUCGCUACGAUCAGGUCAUUCAGCUUCAGACCGCACCGAGGUGCAACUAUACGAACAAGAACAAAUUCCGGCGAGAAGACUAUGAGCACGCAGCGAAGAUCAACAAGGAAUUCACCAGGGUAUGGCGCGAUCAUCCGAAUUUUGUGAAUAUUCUGGACAAUAGGGAUGAUUCGUGGGAGGAAAAGCUGGCCGAAACAUGGGUUACGUUGAAAUCGACCCUGGAAAAGACGUCGGCCGAA